ACGCAGCGUCAACGUCAUCAGGCACAGACCCGAGGUUGGGGGUUCCCGGAAGUGUCUUCGUAUUGUUUACAUUCGUGUCUUUGUUCCGACAAAAUGUCAAAGAAACGGUCGAAAAGCUCCGAGAGCCGGAGCCUGAGGACCGUGAUCGAGCAGCAGCUCGCGGCGGCCGUGGAUCACAUCCUCCGCCUGCUGAAGGAGCGAGGACCCGCCGACCCGGAGCGGCUGAAGCAGCUGGUGGCGGAGCGGAUCACCGCGGCCGUGGCGGAGAUCUACACCGCGUUCAGAGCCUCCAGGGCCGGCAGAGAACCACAGGGACCAGGGGUCAGUUCGGAACCGGGACCCGCAGCAGACUGGACAGAGUUGUGUUUAUCGCUCGGUGUCCAGAGUCUCUCUGAUGAAAAACAAGGACUGAAGGAGCCUCAGCCCAGCACAUCGUCAAGACCAGAGACUGUCUCUGAACCUGAACACCCACCAGUGUCUCCAGAGGACCUGGCUGGUGAAGAGGAGGAGGAGGAUGAAGAGGCGACGUGUCACUGCUGCAGAGUGUGUGGAAAGGCCUUCGAUAGGAAAGGCUUUUUGAUGAAACAUGUGGAGAAACACUCAAAGGAGUCUGAAUGUCUCUGCGGUCUCUGCGGAGAACUUUUGGACUCCAGUGGCGGUCUAAAGCUUCACCUUCAAACUCACCGCGAUAGCAGCCGGACCUGCAACGUCUGCGGAAAGAAGUUCCCAUCGAUCCGAGCGCAGGAGACACAUCUGAGGCUGCACACAGGAGAGAAACCAUUCAGCUGCCACAUCUGUGGAAAAGGCUUCAACCAGAAGGGCAACAUGGUGACGCACAUGAGGAUCCACACGGCAGAGAAGCCAUUCAGGUGCACUGUGUGCCGUAAAGAGUUCAGCCAUGCCGCCUCUCUAGAACGACACAUGAAGGCCCAUGACGGAGAGAUGCCAUUCAGCUGCAAUAUUUGCAGGAAAGCAUUUGAUAAGAGCGCUGAGUUGAGGCGACACAUUCGGAGCCAUAAGUCCAAUGAAAAGUCUGCCGUGAGGAGCAGACGCAGGAAACCGAGUCUGACUCCCUCCCAUUGCUGCAAAGUCUGUGGGAACGCCUUUCACAAUAAAGGUAACUUUGUGCGGCAUGCUGAGACUCAUUUAAACAGUCCUGAAUAUCGCUGCGGGGUCUGUGGAGAGCAGUCGGAGUCUUCAGAGAGUCUGCAGAUCCACAUCCAGAGCCACCGAGAAACCAGAAGGAUCUGCGACAUCUGCGGCAUCAGCUUCAGGGACAUGGAGAUCCACAUGAGGACGCACACUGGGCAAAAACCCUUCCAGUGCAAAGACUGUGGGAAGGACUUUCCCAGGAAAGGUUCUCUGGAGCGACACAUGAAGUUGCACGCCGGUGAGAGGCCUUUCAUUUGCGAGUUCUGUGGGAAGACAUUCAUUGAAAACACAGUUUUGAAGAGACACAUCAAGAGCCACACAGGCGGGAAGCCAAGGAUUUACUCCUGCGACGUCUGCGGCAAGAAGUUCACUAUGAGCCAGCAUCUAGAUGUGCACAAGAGGAUCCACACCGGGGAGAAACCAUAUACCUGUAGGGUCUGCGGAAAGAACUUCCGUCAGAUUGGCAACCUGGACUCCCACAUGAGGAUUCAUACGGGUGAAAAGCCGUUCAUCUGCAGCCUCUGUGGGAAGAGGUUUCGCCAGAAGAUCUCACUGGAGACGCACGAGAGGUUCCACAAGAAGGAGAAACUAUUCAGCUGUCAGGUCUGCAGCAAAGGCUUCGUCCAGAAGAUUGACCUGAAGAGACACAUGCUGACACAUACUGGGGAGAAACCCUACAGCUGCAGAGUCUGCGGGAAGAGCUACCAGGAGAAGCGCUCUGUCGACACACACAUGAAGGUUCACACUGGAGAACGAGCCGCCAAAGAUUCACCUGUGACACAGAGCCUGAAACGACAGGAAGUAGUUCAUGCCGAAUUUAUCCAGCUCUGAUGAGCCUGAAGGCAACACCAGUUUUAUCACAACAGUCAUUGGGAGCGGCUGCGGCUCAGGGGUGUGAGUGGGCAUCCCCUAACCAGGGGAUUAUUGAUAAUAAUAUCUUGGCGGUUCGAUUGUUCCCAUUCCGCAAAGUGUGGGCAAGACACUGAACCCCACAUUGCGGGAGUGCUGCACAUAAAUACAAUGUGAAUGUAAAACUGUUCUGUAAAGUGCUCCGAGUGGAAAAUACACACUCAUCUAUGAACAUCUUCUUCCACUAAGUUGGUCUCACAAGCAGCUGAAUUAACAUUUUCUGAAGACCAGGUACUUUUGUUUCCUGGUCUGUUCCACUAACAAGAACCAGGGAACGGAAUCAUGGUGCGCGGUCGUUGGAGGCUGCAGUUUAGAACAUGUCACUGGAAAGACCUCAGCCUGAUCCUGAUCAUGUGGACGGAGACGCUUUUGAGCUCAAUGGUUUUCAUGGUUCCUCAGAAUCUCCAGUUUAGUUCCUGUGGUUCUCUCAAUCUAAUUUCUACUGUGAGAACAAAAUGGAACGGAACAUGUCGCAGGUGUUUCCCGUGAGUUCCUGGAGUCUGCUUCAUGAAUCUGUGUUUAUCUGUGGAACUGAUGUUUGUUGGUCACAGGUUCGAUCGUGAACUUUCCUCUCAGGCGGCGGCACUGACGCAUGUAAAGCUUUAAGUAAUCCUGAAUCCAGAGUUUCACUGUAAAUGUAUUUUCACAGUCAGUGUGGAUGGAAAUGAAAUGAAAGGUUUUUAUUUUUGUAACAUUUCCAGGUGAAGUUAAAGGUUCGACUGCAGAUGAACUGAUGAAUAUCGAGUUCCUUAGUAACAGAGUCAAAACACGUUCUCUGUCAUCAGCUGACGGCUCCCAAAACCGAGGCCAAAUCAUCUUGAUCGCCCCCUAGUGUCUGGCUGCAGUAUCGGCCACAAAUCCUCCUCCUCCAUGUUAGC